AGUCAAUUAUCCUAUUUUCACAGGAAAAGUUUCUAUGUGGAUUAAGGCAUUUAUCAGCUAAAUGCAGUUUCUAGUGCUAUUAGAGAAAUAGAAAGGGGUGGAGGAGGAUUGCUGAACGCUUUGUAAGGAAAUGCUGCUUCCUUGCCCACCUCCUGCUUCCUCCAGCUGGCGGAGUUGAUUUCACUCUUUCAGAUAUGUAAGUGGCCAUCAUUUGCUUCUAGCAACUUUUGCCUUAGCUGACUUCCUUUUAGGGAAGGGGGAGAAGGGACAGAAUAGUAGUUGGGAUUUCUUCGUCUUUAAAUGGGAUUGAUUGAUUGAUUGUUUCCCGGUGUCUAGUCCCUUGACUCUCCAGACAUUGUAUUAACUUUGCAGUUUAAGUGGCGCCCCAGGAGCAGGACAGCAUGGCCUUUUCAUGACCAUUCUAGGCUCCCGAGUAAGAAAACUUUAUCCAAGCAAAGCUAUAUGAAGGAUUGUGGUUGCGUAGAUUGCUUAAGGAUAAGUGAUUUACACUUGGAGGGUUUACAAAAGUGCUUCGGGAGAAGGUCCCAGUUUGAGCGUCUGUGCCUAGAGAAGGACGACAGGUGCUCAGGUCGGUUUUCAGCGGCUCUCAUGAGAAGCCCAGUGAGACGUUUAAACAGCUCUCCACCCUCGGACACUCCCCGGCGGGAGAACUGGAGGAGGGGCUGUGGCCGGCAAAACGGCAAGUGGUCCUGCCAGGAGCAGGGAGGUCAGGAGAGAAGUCCGCCUGGAAGUUUUCCCAGCGCAGCGGGCCGGAAAAGCCAGCCGACUGCAAAGAGAAGCGCUUAGUUGCCUCUACGCCCUCCUCCCACCUUGUUUCAGCCCACACCCACGGCGCCCCGCCCCCUCGGACUUAAUAGAGGGGCUGGGCACCCGGCCUCGCCUGGGAGCCUGAGGCUUUCCCGAGCGUAACACGCGCUUUCCUAGCCUGAAAGAUCCGGCGGCGCUACUGCAGCGGCGGGAGUAGCGAAGCUAGGCGGAGGCUGCGCCCCGCACCAUGGAGGGCAGUCCAGUCCCACUCUGGGUCGCCACUGGCCUUGGUCACUGCCCGAGACCCCUCUGCCAGCUCUCUCUGCUGCUUUCCGGGCGCCAUCCACUCCUCACCUCAAAGCCAACAUGAAGGAACCCCGGGGCGACGGCGGGGGCGCCCCCUUCUGCACCCGCCUCAACAAUUCCUACCCCGGCAUGUGGGCGCACGAGCGCUCCGCGGAGGCGCGGGGCAACCUCACCCGGCCCCCAGGGUCCAGCGAGGACUGCGGAUCAGUGUCCGUGGCCUUCCCAAUUACCAUGCUGAUUACCGGCUUCGUGGGCAACGCGCUAGCCAUGCUGCUUGUGUCUCGCACCUACCGGCGCCGGGAGAGCAAACGCAAGAAGUCCUUCCUGUUGUGCAUCGGCUGGCUAGCGCUCACCGACCUGGUCGGGCAGCUGCUAACCAGCCCGGUGGUCAUUGUCGUGUACCUCUCCAAGCAGCGUUGGGAGCAGCAUGACCCGUCGGGGCGGCUGUGUACCUUCUUCGGUCUGACUAUGACUGUUUUUGGGCUCUCCUCGCUCUUCAUUGCCAGCGCCAUGGCCGUCGAGCGGGCACUGGCCAUUCGGGCGCCACACUGGUAUGCGAGCCACAUGAAGACACGCGCUACCCGUGCGGUGCUGUUCUGUGUGUGGUUGUCAGUGCUGGCCUUUGCCCUGUUGCCUGUGUUGGGUGUAGGCCAGUACACUGUCCAGUGGCCCGGGACGUGGUGUUUCAUCAGCACCGGGCGAGGGGGCAACGGGACUAACUCUUCGAACAACUGGGGCAACGUUUUCUUCGCCUCCACGUUCGCCUUCCUGGGGCUCUUAGCUCUGGCGGUCACCUUCGCCUGUAACCUGGCCACCAUUAAGGCCCUGGUGUCCCGUUGCCGGGCCAAAGCCGCGGCAUCGCAGUCCAGUGCCCAGUGGGGCCGCAUCACAACUGAGACGGCCAUCCAACUUAUGGGGAUCAUGUGCGUGCUGUCAGUCUGCUGGUCGCCGCUUUUGAUAAUGAUGUUGAAUAUGAUCUUCAACGAGACAUCUGUUGAGCAUUGCAAAACGCAGACAGAAAAGCAGAAAGAAUGCAACUUCUUCUUAAUAGCUGUUCGCCUGGCUUCACUGAACCAGAUCUUGGAUCCCUGGGUUUAUCUGCUGCUAAGAAAGAUCCUUCUUCGAAAGUUUUGCCAGAUCAGGUAUCACACAAACAACUACGCAUCCAGCUCCACCUCCUUACCCCACCAGUGCUCCUCAACCUUGAUGUGGAGUGACCACUUGGAAAGAUAAUGAAAGAACAGAGCUGGACUUAUAGCGCAGUUCCUGCUUCCCCGAGUCUGUGUGUUUCUUUCCACCCAAGAAGAACAUUAUGUUUUUUGGACUAUAUCUUUAUUUUUGUCUCAUUUUUCUAUUUUAGUUUUUUUUUUUUUUUUCUUGUCAGUAAUACACUCGGAGAGCAGUUUUAUUGUUAUAACCCAUGCCUCCGAAUGUUAAAUUCAUUUCUUGGGAGAUUCUGAGCAAGCUUGAAGAAGCUGAGUAGGAUUCCACAGAGGACGAUUUAUGGAAAAGACAAGCAAAAGAAUGACUCACAUUUCAAGAGUUUCCUCCAACUUGAAACAUUUAUUCGAAUCUUAACUAAGAUGGACAGCUGUUCAUUCUAUAAUGAUUUUGAUUUUGCAACAUGAAUUUGAAAAAUCAGUGUAUAUUUUGACAGUGAAAAGUCAACACAUGGAGAGCAAGAAUUCUAUUAAGAGGACAUGAACUUAAUGAGACAGAAAACAAGCCUAGUGAGGGCAGGAGAGUCUCUGUGGAGAUGUGGUGUCCCUCUGGGCUUAGUUCAGAAAUAAACGUUCUUCAGUUUAAAUUCUGGUUAUAGGUCAUUAGGUAAUUCAGGAUUGCUUUAUUGCUAUUUCUUUGCUUUUAAAGACAAAGGAUUGAUGCAGCUAAGGGCAUCCUUGAUGUGUUAUAAACAAUUAGGAGGCUAUCAGGUUAUUCAGUUAAAGCAAUAAAAAAUAAAUUCAUACAUAGCCUUCUAGUUAUAUCUUCAUUUUUAUUCUACUUUUGAGUCACUAUCAGUUUGAGAUUUCUUCUCAGGCAGCAUACAAAGAGGUAAAAUUAAUAAAUGACAGUUAUUCUGCAUCAAGUUUUGUUACUUUUUGUGAAAUAAAAGGAUCUUCUUUGUAUUGCAAUAAAAAAAAUUCUGUGGAUUUUUAAAAAA